AUGUCUAUCUCACCUAUAAUCACUUUCAAGGCAGGCCUUUGUGAUCUAAACACUGCAACGGAUCCACCGCGGGUCAAAGCCCUCCCUGAACCAGGCUACAUUUACCUAUAUUCCGAAGAUGACCUUGUGUAUUUCUGCUGGCGGCAGAGAUCUGCUUCAUUGGACAAUCCAGGGUUGAAACUUGUUAUGAUUCCUGGUGACGCAUCCUUUACUCCCUAUAAAGCGACCAGUUCUCAGACGCCUUCAAACCCGAACAAACCUACCAAUGGCAGAAUCUACGUUCUCAAAUUCACUUCCAGCUCUCAGCGGCACCUGUUUUGGUUACAGUCCAGAAGUCAGCAUGAGUCUAGUGACCCAGCUUGGUUUAGUGCUCGAGAUUUGAAGUUGGGCCAGAUUGUCAAUACACUAUUGCAAGGUGAAGACAUCGAUGUCCAACAGGCCAUCGCCAAUCUACCGAACGAUCGGAAUGGACCUGAUAGGGAUGAUGAUGAUGCCACCAUGGAAGAUGUGGAGGGCCAAAAUCACGACGCAGAUCAUCAUCGGGGAGGAAGCGGAGGCGCUGGCCCCGAUGCCACAGGUGGCGAUGUAAGAGAGGAAGGCCAGGAGGCCAGAGAAGGUGGCGCUGAUGGUGGGAGAGCCGCAACGACGGGUUCCACAGAUGCAUCAUCAAUCAUCCAGAACUUCUUGAAGUCAAUGGAAGGCACCAAUGCAGGUCAAUCGAAUCCUCAAGGAAAUCUCUUCACGACGCUAGCCGAUCUCCUCACGCCUGCAUCCACCAUUCCUCUGAUCGACUCGGCAGAUGAAAGAGUUAUUGAUAAAUUCUUGGACUUCCUUCCAUCCACUCUAUUGGCUCUGGCUCAGGAAAUUGAUGAUGCAGCCGCCGUUAGCACUGAUGCAUCAUCAGCAGAUGCUGCCAAACAGGCUAUUGGCUUAGAGCAGAAGAAGGAUAUUCUCCGCCGAGUUCUGCGGUCUCCGCAAUUCUCACAGAGCCUGUCUAGCCUGACCGUAGCAUUGCGAGAUGGGGGACUACCAAGCAUAAGCGAGGCGCUCAGUAUUCCUGUCACUAAUGGAGGCUUCAUGAGACGGGGAGGAGUGCCACUGGGCGGAGGUGACGCUGUAGAAGCGUUCCUCAACGGUGUAAAAGAGCACGUCAAAAGCAAUUCUCAGGCCAAAAAUAAGAUGGACAGAGACUAA